GGCGAUGAGCGAGGAAACGAGGUGAGCGGCUAGAACUUGGCGGCUGUUGCGGCCAUUGACGAAAGAGCGGUGCCGGCGGGGCAAAGGGAGAUACUAUGGAACACCAGCAUCCUGGCACACUGAGACGGUUGGGUUACAAGUUUGUGAAGGCUCCACAUUAUUCCAGAUGAUCUACUGGAUUAAACGCCUGAUUAGAAUGAUGUGUGAACAAGUUGGGCUGAAUAUGGAAUCUUUGCUAUGGUCAAAUAAACCUUAUGGUCCCUCUAGAAGUAUUGUAAGGAAAAUUGGCACCAACCUCUCUGUGAUACAGUGCCCAAGAGUUCAGUUUCAGCUUACUUCUCAGCCUGCAGAAGGCAGUAAUUCUAAAAAGUUCAGAGAAGAUGGAGUAGUCUCCCUUGCAGAUGUUGGAUGGAUUGCUGAAGAAGAAGGUGAAGUCUCUACAAGGCUCAGAUCAGAAGUCUGGCCAAAAUCCCAACGAUCUUCUAGAGAUGAAGGCUGCCCAGAAAGGGCACGAAGUGUUCUAGUACCUUUACCAAAGCCGUCACAAGAGAACAUCAACUCCAAUAUUGCAACAACUACAAAUGAUGAAGCCUUGCAGAAAAUCAGUGUGUUAGAAAAUGAACUUGCCAGUUUAAGAGCACAAAUAGCCAAAAUUGUAAGCUUUCAAGAACAGCAGAAUCUUACAGCAGCUGGAGAAAGUUCUGUUACAUCAGCUCCCCUCCUAACAGGAGUGGCAGCAGCGCCACCACCACCACCGCCACCACUGCCGCCGCCACCACCACUGCAACGGAGCAUCUCGGCCAUUGAGCUUAUUAAGGAGCGCAGAGGGAAAAGAGUAGACUCUGGCCAGACUUCAGUAGAUAACAAUCCAAAGAAGCCUGAAAUACCAAACAUGCUUGAAAUCCUCAAAGAUAUGAACAGUGUAAAGCUGCGAUCAGUUAAAAGACCAGAUGAAAAUACAAAAAGAAAAACUGUUGAUCCAGCAGAUCCUGCAGCGCUGAUAGCUGAAGCUCUUAAAAAGAAAUUUGCUUAUCGAUACCGAAGUGACAGCCAAAGUGACGCUGAAAAACAAAUCCCAAUAUCAGAAAGCACACCGCAGUUUGGACCGCACAUGCUGAAGACCACAGGAAAAAUGAAGACUCUGGUUGAAAACCAUUAAAUGUUAGCACACAAAGAUUUCUCUGGAAAGAGACUUUCUGUGGCUGGGUUAUUCAACAUUAUUUUGCAACCUGGAUUGAAAUGUGCCUCUGAGUUUUAUAUUUAUAUAGAGUGAGAGCUUUUAAAUACAGAAUUGUCCAUAUGGUAUUAGGUCAUGAGCACUAAUUUUAUCUAUAUGAAUAUUUUAUAAGAGUGACUGACAGCUUUUAAACAUCUUGUGUGAAGGGAAUGAUGAUAAUUAAAUAGCUUUUUAAGUUAUUUUAGCUCCAGUGUAAUAGCUGGAAUAACAUAAUGGGAGUUUUAUGUACUACUCCUUAGUUUGAACAUCUCAUUUUGACAUGAUUAUGUUAGAAUUCAUCUUGUGCUGUAUUCACAGCCCCUGUAAUUCAAGAACAAAGACUUCAUGGAAGUUACUACACCUCUGGGUUAUACGCUGUAAAGGAAAUUCAGUAUUUACCUUAUUUAUUACUUGGCAAUUAAACAGUUGACAUGCCUUAUCCAAAGAGCUUUCACUAAAGCGUGCUUUUUCCUACAACACACAUGCUACAGUAACAACAUAUUUAGUGGAACUGUAUUAGCCAAAAGUUGAACUACCUUUUUAAAUGGGGCCUAAACACCACUUUCCUGUCUCUUGAGGUCAUAAUUACAAUGCUGAUACAGAAGACUGUCUGCAUUGGCAAGUGUCAGAAACUCAAGCAGAUAGCCUGGCUUGCCAGUAAUCUACAGUGUUUUGUGGAGUAACCUGACAAACCUCAAGAAUCAAGAUAACACUACUUUUGCAUCAGUUGCUUGUCAUCUGAAGUGUCCAUGUGGGCUGCUUGGCUAAUACAGGCCACAGACCCGCUUGCUGCUAUCUUUGCAACAGUUCAGUGGAAUUUGUUCCAGGGAGCAAGCAAGAGAGCAAAUAGGCCCAGCCACUGGCUUUUGAAUGAUAUUAAUUAAAAAGAACUUCACUCUGGAAGAGGGUAGAUAAAAAUUUGUGUUGUUUCUAUAAUUAGUUUUCCUAAAUGCAGCACAGCAUAGGGUCUCCUAGUUGAAUGUUAGCAUUUCUGUGAGUAUAUAUUACUUGAACAACACCAGUUGUAGUAUAGACUCUGACAAUUAUCAAGAGUCGUAGUAUUAAGAUCAAAUUUAACCAAGGUAUGAUCAGAGAGUAAUGUUUAAAUGUUUUAAGAAUGAAAGCUUUUUUAUAGGAUAAAAGUUUAUUUUAUAGGCUGCUUUUAACCUGACUUCUUUCAAAAUGAACUGAGGUGCUUUGAAGUCAGUGGUUGUCCUCCGAAGACAUUGGUAUUUGGUUCUGUAUCACCCUAUACAAAAUUAAAAGCAGUUACGUUU